GUGACUAAGCACACAGCGGCAGCCUCCAGUGUGCACACAACAACAAAAAGUGAAAGUCUAUAUGUGAAAUGCAACCUACAUGCUAAACUAAACAGAGUGUAAGUGGGCACACCGCAAUGGCUGGCACGAGGAAAAGAGAGGAAGGGGGAGGAGGGGAGUAGGGGGGGGGAGCUGUGCAAGAUAUGGUAGACGGCAGAAAAUGCAAGAGCCCUCCCCAGUGGUGGAGGAUAGGAUUUCCACCCCUCCCUCAACACUUCAUGAAGAUCGUUCGGACAUUGCAGAGUCACCGGCUGAAGCGCAGCACCUCAUGAAAAAAGUCAGCCCAUUCUACAUGACAGAAGAGGAGAAGGGUUGUAAAAACUUGUAAUUAAAUGGAGUCAGCGGCGACAACCAUGAACCAGGGAGUGUCUGAGGACCCGGGACCGGGAGAGCAGAUGUCCUCUGUGGGUAUUGAGCACGAAGGAGAGGAUGGAAACACUCUUCAAGGAAACACCCUUCAUCUUCUUCAGGGAGAGGUUUCACCAAACUCAGGGAAUAUGAUUGAGAGCAAGCUGGUGGAUGUUACCAUCACAGACUAUGCGCAACCUCAGUUUGUGGAGAUACGAGAUGCCUCCACCAUGGAAAUUACAACUCAGGUCACAUCAAUGCAGGAAUCCAAUUCAUUCAUUCCAGAACCAUCGGUUCUAGAAUUUGUACAGACUUCAGCUUGUGUCACCACUGCAGAAAUCUCUGCCUCACCCACUCAGCCAAUUACUCCCCUGUCACCUUUCACUGUCCAGAGCCCAUCUUCUCCCUUGUCUUCUGUCCAAUCAUUAACAUCGCUCCAUCCCACCCAGUCACAGCAGACCUGUGCACCUGUGUCUGAUGAGCACGGCUGUGGGGAUAUGGAUGUUUCUCCUCCAGCUCAUCCCCUUCCUGAACCAACAGACUUUUCACCUCACACUGACCAAUCAUCCCCAAAGGAGGAGAUGGAUUCCCCCUCUCCAGCCCAGUCCUCUCCUCCCACACCUGCACACACAUCACAAAUCCCUCUGCCCGUCAGCAUCUCCGUGCUCUGCUUCGCUCCUCUACCUGCGCAGACCUCCGCCCCGCUGCAGUGGGAGGUGGAGAGGGAGGUGUCUGCCCACUUGGAUGGCUGCCUGGAGGAGGUGCGAGCCCUGGAGGAGCGGAGGGACACGCUGAUCCAGGAGCUGAUGGAGCUGGAGAGUCCCAUGAUGGAGGCGGUGCAGGCCCUGCAGGGUGAGCUGGGGCAGGCGUGCGGCCUGCUGACGCGCUCCCAGCUGCGCCUGCUGCGUCUGCAGGAGGAGGUGCGGCAGGUGAAGAGGAAGCUGCUGAGCGCCACCAGGCACUGCAUCAUGAGCCAGGUGCAGCUCUCCGCCCUCCAGUAUGAAGUCGCCCAAUCGGCCAUCAUGCAGGAGGAGCUUCAGUCUGACAUCCUAGACCGUCUGCAGGAGAUAGCCGAUCUUCGGGAGGAACACAAGAAGCAGAUGGACACGCUUCGGGUGAGGAGACGGCGGCGCCCUCGGACCAUGAGUGACCUCUCUCACAGCCGCCGCUUCUCUGAUGAUCUUAGCCGCUACACAUGUAACAACAUGAAGAUGCUGGAGAGCUGGUAUGAGCCUCGCGUGCUGGCUCUGCUGAGACGCAGGCAGAACACGGAGGAGAUGCUGAGGAGGAGUCAGGCGCUGGUGGAGGAGCUGAGGGCUCGCCUCUGCCCCCUGCAGGAGGAGGUCCACAAGCUCACCUUGCAGAGGAACUGUAUGGAGCAGAGGAUCGCACUCAUGGAGCAGGAGAGGGAGGAGAACGUCAACAGGUAUAAGGAGAGUAUCUUGUGCAUGGAGGAGAGUAUGCGAGAGCUCAGGACGGAGGUGCAGAUUCAGGGGAUGGCCAACGCAGAACUCAAACAACUCAAGAACAGCCUGAUACUGGAACUUCGGUCCUAUGGAUGCAGCAUAAAUAUUGAUGACCAUACAGACAGUGGCUCUGGUGAAGGAGCUGACUUCUGAUCUCCUCUACAAAGAUAGACUUGGAAUUGGAACAUUGGAAUGACAUUGAAAUGGAAUGGAAUUAUUCUUGGGAAUACCAUGAGGCAGUUCAUGUAAAGGAGGUUUUGUGUAAAAAAAAAUGUUUAACAUUAUUUGCGUGCUGAUUUGUUUGUUUGGUUUGCAAAAUAACUCACCAACAUGAUGCACUGUAUUGUUCUGAGAUUUUAAUGUUGGUAUGCACAAUGGCUCCAGCUGAUUAAAUUACAUUUUGGUGAUGAGCUGAGCUGGCUUGGUGGAGGUCUGCACUCUAUGAGUGCUCUUGUGAUAGAUAGAUAGAUAGAUAGAUAGAUAGAUAGAUAGAUAGAUAGA